UGUUGGGGUGUUUAUUAUCUUGAUGCUGCUCCUUUUUCUCUAUAUUAAUAAGAAGUUCUGUUUUGAAAAUGUUGGCGGGUUUCCAGAUCUUGGUUCAGGAUACAACACAAGGAAGAAUUCACAAGACAAAAUGUGUAUAGAAUAAAAACCAAUAGUGUUUGAGGGGAAAAUAUUAUCUUGCUGCUGUUGUGAUAGCUAUGGAGUAGGAAAAAAAUGUCAUUACAUUUAAAGCAAGUGGUUUGAUUUGUUUUUGAAGAGUCUUUACAUCAACAUAUUUCUACCAAUGCUUUAUGAAUUUACAGAAAAAUUAAAAGGCACUGUAUGAAAUACUAAUUGAGCUAAGGAGUAGCAACAUUUAAGUAUUAAAUCCAAGUUCCAAAGUAGCUGAUAUUUUGAGAAGAGAAAAUUCUAUUGUUGUACCUUUUAGGAACAAGGAAUUAGAAAAUGGCAUUUUUCAAAAAUUUUCAACAGAAUCUGCGGGGAGUGUCCUCCCUGGUGGACACAAUCAGUAGUGCUGUAGAAGACUUGACCACUGCUGUUGGGGAGGUCAGCUAUGCUUUAACUGACUCAGUUGCUGAGCAGGUAACAAGUAUGAUAAAUGGCUUUCGCCCUGAAGAGGAAAUUUCAGCCACAGAAGAAACUGUGAAUACUUCUGAGUCAAAAAAUACCAUGUUACCAGAAGUCUCCAACAACACUGCUUGUCAGAAAACACGGUCCAAUUUAGAGCACAGAGCAAAGGAAAUAAAUUGUAAUAAUACUUUUGCUUCUCAAGAGCAAGGAAUGCAUGAAGAAAGAUCAUUUAAACACACUAAUGAUAGGCCACAGACUCUUUCAGAGUAUCAAGAAACUGGUAAUGGUAGUGAUUCUUCUUUGAAAGGCUACAUGAAAAACGAUGGGAUCUCAGUUAUGAAGCAGAAUACAAAAGCUGGAUCUACUUGUCAUGGACUUGAAAGUAUUGACAGAUGUAAAAAAAUUGGAUUAGGAAUCUCCGAUGAUGAUAAGAAUGAUUUAAGGGAGGUAAGAUAUCAAGAAAUGAAAGAAAAUGAGAAUACCACCAAUGGAAUAAGCAUACUGUAUGAAAAAAAGAAAUAUAUUGUUACAGAUAAUCAUAAAAGAGAAGAAUAUGCUAAAUUUCAAUAUGCGUUUUUGGGACGAGAUCAAGAGAAAAUUGGGCAUUUCAAUAAAAGUGAACAUCUUAUUGAUUUAGGGCAUUCUGAUCAUUCAGAGGAAGCUGAAAAACAUAUUAAAGGUAAAGAAUUCAAAGGGAAUGAAUGUUCUCCAAAAGAUAUUUUGACAAGCAAUAGACAGAAACCUACUAUGAAAGAAGAUAUGUAUCCAGCAUCAUCAACUAAUUCUAAAAAUAAGUUUUAUGGAAAAAUCAAUCAACAAAUAAACCUAACAAAAUACCACAAAAUGAAAGGAGACAUUAAAACAAAGAAAAAUGAAGCCAAUUCUUCCAAGAAAGGAACAGCAAAGAGUAAAGUUGAAAAAUAUUCUAAGAUAGUACCAGAAAAAGAUAAUUCCUACAUGGACAAAGAUGAGCAUGGUUCAUCCUCUGAAAGUGAAGAUGAAGCACUGGGUAAAUAUCAUGAGGCCUUAUCCAGAACACAUAAUUCUAGACUACAGUUGGUAGAUUCUAGACAAAAGAACUACGCUUGGGAAACAAGACAAAAAUAUAGUCCUUUAUCUGCAGAGUAUGAUGGAUAUAGUAGUGAAGCAUCAAUAGACGAAGGAAACUGCAUUCAGAGAAUGAGAAGAACACCGCCGCUGGAUGAAUUGCAACCACCACCAUAUCAGGAUGACAGUGGUUCUCCCCAUCUCUCAUGUACACCUUCAGAAAUUGGGGAUGGUAAAUGUGAAUUUUCCCACUGCAGCAACAGUCCACGAUGCUCAUAUAACAAGUGCUCAAGUGAAGGAAGCACAGGUCAUGAAAUAGAAAGUUUUCAUAAUAAAGGAUAUGAAGAAGAUGUUCCAAGUGACAGCACCGCAGUCCUGAGCCCUGAAGAUAUGUCAGCUCAAGGAUCGUCUUCACAGCUUCCUAAACCUUUUGAUCCUGAGCCAGAAGCUAAAUAUGGCACACUGGAUGUGACUUUUGACUAUGACUCACAAGAACAGAAGCUUUUGGUAACAGUGACAGCUGUCACAGACAUCCCAACAUAUAACAGGACAGGUGGCAACUCAUGGCAAGUACACCUUGUUCUUCUACCUAUAAAGAAACAGAGAGCAAAAACCAGCAUCCAGAGAGGACCAUGCCCUGUCUUCACAGAAACAUUCAAAUUUAAUCAUGUUGAAUCUGAGAUGAUUGGAAAUUAUGCAGUUCGGUUUAGACUUUAUGGUGUACAUCGCAUGAAAAAAGAAAAGAUUGUGGGGGAAAAGAUUUUUUAUUUAACAAAAUUGAAUCUUCAAGGGAAAAUGUCAUUACCUGUGAUACUGGAACCUUCUUACAAUCAUUCUGGUUGUGACUCCCAAGUGAGCAUGUCAGAAAUGUCCUGUAGUGAAAGUACAUCGUCUUGUCAAUCUCUUGAACAUGGUUCAGUUCCAGAAAUUCUCAUUGGCCUGCUUUAUAAUGCCACAACUGGAAGAUUAUCAGCAGAAGUGAUAAAAGGCAGCCAUUUCAAAAACUUGGCAGCGAACAGACCACCCAAUGGACUGUUCUGUUGUCUAAAACACUUGAUAGGUGGACAGGUUUAUAUAAUCCGAGAUACAUAUGUUAAGUUAACUCUACUGAAUUCCAUGGGUCAAGAGAUGUCCAAGUGCAAGACAUCCAUCCGCAGAGGGCAGCCAAAUCCAGUAUACAAGGAAACUUUUGUAUUUCAAGUGGCCCUAUUUCAACUUUCUGAUGUGACACUUAUACUAUCUGUGUAUAACAAACGCAGCAUGAAAAGAAAAGAAAUGAUAGGCUGGAUUUCUUUAGGUCUGAACAGCUCUGGAGAAGAGGAACUCAAUCACUGGACUGAAAUGAAGGAGUCGAAAGGACAGCAAGUAUGUAGAUGGCAUGCAUUACUAGAGUCGUGAUGAAGAGGAUGAACGAGCGGUCAGUCAAAGGCAGAAUUAUUUCUUAUUACAACACUGCUAUUUUUACCUGGUCACCAUGAGAAGAGCUAUCUUUGAAGAAUAAUAUUCAACUCUACCAAAAUUCUUUAGAUGCUUGGAAAGAUCAUCUAAUACUGACAUAAAUAAAGAAAAGAUGUGUUUCUCGUAGAGCUUAUCUGGAAACUGAGAAACUGACAUCAUUAUUGUUAAACUAACGGUCCUCCAGAGAUUUAAAAAUAUGCUUUUGAUUUGAAGUUACUUUUACUUUAGCAAAAGAGCCAGUAAUUUUAUGGAAGAUUAUAAGUGAUUUUUAAAAAUCAGAAUUUUAGUUGCAAUACUAUUUUAGUAUCACCCUACAUAUUAUCUAAAACAUUUUAAAUGGCCAGUCUUGGUGUUUAUAAUGUUAUUUAAUAUAAAAAAAAAUGUUCUCCAGCACUAUCACAAGUCAUAUUUAAUGGUGAAGGGUUUCAAUCACAUUUAAAAUUAUUUUGUCUCAGACAUGUUCUUUGUGCCCUUAGUUUCAUUGUGCCUCAGUUCUUCUCCAUAGCACUAAAUCUAAGUGCAAGCAAGUAUUCAUUUUCACAAAAGAAUUUUGAAGCUUUGUUGUUUUUCAAAAGUUUAUUUCUUUAUUUGCCUUUGCUUUUGCCUGAUCCAAAGAGACCAAGUCAUGUUCUGGUCCCUUGCAAGCCUUCUAGACAGGUUGUACUGUAGAACUAUGUAACUUUCUGUUGAAAGCACUUCCUGUAUUCUUGUAUUCCAAUGUAGGAAGCCAAUAGAACAGGACUUUAUUUUAGAAUUUCUUUCAGUGAUUGACUCUUUACAAUUGUAGUAAUGUGAAAAACUUUUUUUUUUACAAACUGAAAAAUAAGCUGAGCUGUUGGAAAUUGAAUGUGAUUCAAGUUAAAGAAAAAUUUAAUUGUCUGCUCUGAGUAUUUAGUAAGUAACACUGCAUAAGGCAGGUAGCAUUCAAAAUAAGAAACUCUUCUCUGUCACCCUCACUUCAGUUUAUAUGAUGAUGUAAAGACUAUCCUGUUCAGUUUGAUUCAGAACAUCAAGUUAAAAACAGUUCUGAGAUUCCUUAUGAAGUUUCUAGUGACUUGUGACUAGAUUUUAUGAAAUUUACAGAUAACGUUCUUCAACGUGAUGUCAUCUUGUGCCUUUCAUGUAAGUUCAAUUUGCUCAUACAGCUUGGAAGUUGUAUUUGCAAAAUUAGGCCUUCAAUUUUUUAUAAAUAUAAAGAUUCCUCAGAACAGUGUCACAAGAUCUUUAUUUCCUCUGACGUAUGUAAAAGUUAUACAAUGUACUAAUUUUUUUUUAAUGGCAAGGCACUUUUAUUUGUUGUUUUUAUAUUUAGGAAAUCUGAAUAAUCAAGAAUAUUAUAAGCUAUGUUCUUUUCAAUUUUGCUUCUUAUUUAACAUAUAAUUUAUGCAUAUACUUUAUUAAAUAGAGUAUGUUUUGUAUAUAUGAAAAAUAUUUUCUUUUUUUCUUUCUCAUUUUUAGUAAAGCUAGACAAAAGUGUACUAUUUACCAAUUACUAAAAAGCAGAAUAUCAUUAUUCCUAGUCCCCACUAAGUACAAUAUGUUAUUGUAAGCUAGAACUCAUUAUUACCAUAAUGAAACCAUGCAUAGAUAUUACUACUUCAGCUUGGCUGUACUGAAAAGCCUUAAAAGAGAUUUUUUAAAAACCCAUGAAUUCAUAUUUUUUAGUUUAAAAAAGGCAGCUCUAUGCUUUAAUACUUGUAAGUUAUAAGAAAAAAUGCAAAUGAGCAACAUGGGUUUUAAGAAUAUAUAUUACAGAGUUGCAUUAAAGAAAAAAUUCAUUCUUUGUUACAUCAGUGCACUUUUUUCCAGGAUUUUUUAAAUAAAUGAGUUACAGUUAGAACAUGAGUUGAAUGGCAAAAUACCUCAUUUAAGUAUUUUCAUCAACAAUGCAAGAAAUGUUUGAAGGGGGAUGUGGAUUUUACUGAGAAAUUAGAUUUAGGCAUUUGAUGCUACAGUUAUCUUUCCUGUCUUUGAAACAACUGUCUAUGUUGUUAACACCUAGUAUCUUUCUAAUAAAGAGAGUUGUCAGUCUUAUCUGUAGCUGUAACAAAGCUUAAUCAAACACAUUAAUAAGGCCAGUUUGGUGCUUUCACCUUUAGUAAGAAAAGGACAACUGUUAUUUGUUAAAUCUACCUUUCUUCAGACAGAAUUGUGUGUGUGAUCUGAUAUCUCUUUAGAGGCUUAUCUAGUAUAAGUAUCAAAUCUUAUGUAGCCCAAAAACUAAUCAACAUUUUUGUAAAUUUCAGGGAGGACCCUCCUCCACCCCAGCUGCCAAGUCCUCAAAGAUAAUAAGUUAUCUAUAUGUGUGUCCAUAUAUAUACACACAUGCCUACACUCACACACAACAUACAUAUGUACACAUAUAUGUAUUUAUAAUGGUGAAGGUGCCCUGGCUUUUUCAGACUACUGAAUAGAAAAAUAUUCCUCAAAUUUAUGGAUUGUUUUUCUCCUUUAUAUAAAUUACUCAGUCUUAUAUUUGGUUUUGAGGGCUAUUUGGUACCAUUCUCUGCCACACAUAGCAAAAUACACAUCUUUUCUUCUUGUGGCUUGACACAACCUAGAAUAAUUACUCCCCCAAAAUUGUCUAUUUUUUUCCAAAAAGGAUUAGAGUUCAAGAGAUGCACUUCACUCUGCUUCAUCUAACAUACAAGACAGUACUACUACUUUUUUUGUUCACUUGAAUUCACAUGAAAGCUUCAAGGCAAAAUUUUAUAUCUCAGUAAUUACAGCAAAUAGGUGCCCACUGGUGGGCAGCAGGUGUUGACUCAGAAACUUGAGAAAGACAGUCAACUUUCUUGUUGUUCUGCUAAAAUCCCCUAAGCUUCAUAAUUAAAUGAGCUAGUCCAAAUAUGAAUUUGACCAGCAUUUAUAGCAGCUCCUAAAAUCACACUAUCCCAAAGGAACUACAAAAUGUAGUAGUUUAUUAUUGCCCAGGAAACAAAGCAUAUUUCAAAUCAGUGAAGAAUUUGUUUAGUAUAAUAUCAUCUUCCCUUUCAGAAGCCUUAUUCUGUAAUCUGAGUUCCCAGUGCUGUUCAAUUUGCUUGAAAUCCACUUGUACAUUAUCUUAUCAUGUGUUCAGUGAAUUCUUGAUAGUAUAGUAUUGCCUGACAAAAAUAAUAUAUUAGACCACAAUUUAAGAAAAGAAAACCCAAUGAGAAGAUAUCUAAAGUAUCCUGAUUAAUAUACACAUGAUCUCCCAGUCUCUCAAGUGAAUUAAAAAUAUAGGUAGGCUAUUUAAAGUUUGAAUCUUAGAUGACAUAAAAACAGUAGUUGUGAGCACAUUUUUUUUUCCAUUUCAUUAUUCGGAUAUGAAUAGAAAUGAUACAAAUUUGUUUGCAUGAAAUUACCAUUUACUUAUAUAGAUGAGAUAAUUCAGAGAAACUUACAUUGAUAUUUAUAAUUCACAAGUUUUCUUAUUUUUUUUUCCGUUCACUGCCCCCAGUUCAUCUAUGACUUACAUUGGAAGUAGCCAUCAAUAUCAAUAUCCCUAUCACCAACCAUACUUAAUAUUGAGCACAAGGUUAAGCAUGCUGUAAAGCAUUUUCUUUUUUUCCCCACAUUUUUAUUGGUGCUUUAUAGUUGGUACAUACUGAUGGUAUUUGUGGUGACAUAUUUGUAUGUGUGUAUAAUACACAAUAUAAACAUAAUUUGACCAGUAUCACUCCCCAAAACUUCACCCCUCCCUCCAUGCCUUCCAUACCUUGGUCCCUUUCCUCUACUGAUCUUCCUUUGAUUUCCAUGAGAUCCACCCCCACCUUUCUUUUCCUUCAUCCUCUAAUUUCCACAUAUGAGAGAAAACAUAAGACACUUGACCUACCGAAUUUGACUUACUUCAAUUAACAUAAUGGUCUCUAGUUCCAUUUUCCUGCAAUUCCAUAAUUUCAUUUUUCCUUAUGAUUGAAUAAAACUCCAUUGUGUAUAUAUACCACAUUUUCUUUAUCCAUUCAUACAUUGAUAAUUGAUAGAUACCUAUGCUGGUUCCAUAGUUUGGCUAUUGUGAAUUGUGCUGCUAUAAACAUGAGUAAUCUAAAGUUAAUUUUUAAAACAUCAAUCUGUACCCUCCAAAAAGUGUAAUAAUGAUGAUGAUAACAGCUAUAAUCUACCAAAGCUCUAGAACAAUAAUUUACUAUUUUGUUUGAUUCUUUCAAAAUAUUAUGAGGUAGGUAUAUUAUUCAUAUUUUAAUCAGUGAAGAAAUUGCAGCAUAGAGAGGUUAAGCAGACUUUCCUAAGGUCAUCCAGUAAGUAAGCAGCAGAACUAGGAUUAGAACCAGAUGUACAUUACUCUAAACACCAUACUGUGCAUACUGCAGUUGCAUCCCUCUUUUCAGUUGCAUACAAAAAGUUAGAACAACAUUAGAUUUAUCAAUAAUCGUACCCACUUUAACUGAAGGCAGAACUAGUUGGUGGAAACAGCUCAGGAAAAAGAACAGACAAGACUAGAGGUUUACUUUUUCUUAGAACACAAUAGGGAAUUUUGUGUCAUGUUUUGUAGAUGAUUUUUAUUUUUAAAGAGUUGCUAUUAGAUUCUAAAAGUAUAUUAGUUUGUUCUGCUUUUUGGCCACACUUGGGAACCCAAGAUAUUUUAAUUGCAUCUGACCGUCUUUCUUAACCUGUGAAGUGAGUAGCUGUGUCUGAUAGUCCACAUCUUACUCAUCAGUGUUAAGGAGAAAGCUCGUUGCAGUUUGUGUUUCUUGUAUUGUUUUAUUAAGGUUUGAUAAGAAUUGUAGUUAGUUUUAUUCCAUGUCUCUCUCUCCCCCAAGUGGUAGUAAAUGCAUUGUCUUAUUAUCUUUAUAUGUGCCUUUGCUCAUAGUAGAUACACAAUAUUGAUGAACUAAGUUCUCUAUGGAAGAAAUCAAUAAUACUAUUAUGUAAGUCUCAUUUUGCACAAAUCUUGUGUUAUGCAUGGAUUUAUUUUUCCUUCAUUUAAUAUAUUUUUAUAAGAAUACCAAUUACGUGCAUGAGUUGUUCUAAGAACUACAGAUGCAGAGGUAGUAAAUUGGAUAGACAAAGUGAUUUCCCUCAGGGGGCUUAAAUUCUAAGGUAGGAAUAUGAGCACAGAAUAGUGUAAUUUCACUCUAAUAUGAUGAGAUAUCAAGAUAGGGAUGCAAAGAGCAUUGUAGUAUUUGGCAGAGGAAUAUAAUGUGGAAUUCAAAAAAAUCUUCCUGGAGAAGAUAAUACCUAAGUUGGGACUUAAUGAAUAUGGGUUAGAUUCCCAUCAAACUCUAAGGCAAAUUACAAAAUGGUAGUUUCCAAGAUGUAGUGUGUUUAAGAGUUAUCUCUAGAGCUUAACUUGUAUUCCCAAACUCUACCUCUGAGAUUCUGUUUCACUUGGUCUAGAGGUAAGCCUAAGAAUCUAGAUGUUAUUAUGUUCCUCAAGAAAUCUUGUCAAAUAUAUUGGUAUAGAAUAUUGAACUUAUUACAUAGAAUUAUUGAUAGUAACGUUUCAGUGCCUGUAGACUAAAUCUUUGUAAUAGUGAUAAAUAAGAGUGAUUAAGACUAAGGUUAAUGUUACUGAUUAAGACUUAAGGUUAGGACUGGGGUUGUAGCUUCGUGGUAGAGGGCUUGCCUAGCAUGUGUGAGGCACUGGGUGCAAUUCUCAGCACCACAUAAAAAUAAAUAAAUAAAAUAAAGAUACUGUGUCUAUCUACAACUAAAAAAAAUAUAUAUUUAAAAAGACUAAGGUUAAUGUUACUUGUACAUCCUUAAAAAGAAAUAUUUAAGGAAGAAAAUGAAAAGUAAUAAUUAUGAUGUCUAGUCCAUUCACAUUCAACAUGACUUUUUCAAAGUCUUCCUUGCUAUAAUUCAUAAAUUCUAUGAUGUUUGUUUUGUGAUUCCUAGAAAUUUAUUUAUUGUUAAAAUAUUUACCUCUAAACUGUCUUUGCAAUAAUUAGAUACAAGGCAAAGAAUCUUAGGAGGUUUUUAUCUAGUAUUCAUUCUCUGUCAGUAUUCUGAACAAGGUUGACCUGUAAGAAAUCCUAUAGGAACAGUGGUAGAUAGUGACAAUUUUGUGUUCUUGUUAUAGUAAGCCUUCUACUUUCUCUUACUUUCUCUUUGAUGGCUUCAUUGUCACCACACCUUCAGAUGAACCUCAGUCCUGGAUUCUUCACUAGGAACAGCAGUGUUUCUACUACUUAGGAUCUGAUCUUUAUUUCCUUGAUUGCUUUGUUCUUCCUUAGGGUCCUUGAUUUCAAAUAGCAAGUUAACACAGCAAACCUUAGGACUUCUGCUUCCCCUAAAAGUAAAUGCUAUGGAUAAGGCACAUCUGAGUUUCUGUUUUCCCUCAUUUCAAAGGUAACCACACUGCCUUCUCUUGUAAUAUUUUGUAUGAAUAUAUGUUACAUUUUGAAAGUUUUCUUUCCUCCCACAAAGAUCUGUGAUAAGCCCACCAAAAAAUGAAGUUACUUGAAUAUUUGAAAUAAUAUUAUUAUAGAAUUGGACUGCUUUGUGACUGCUGACAUAUCACUGUGUUGAAUCUGGUCAUAGUUCAAGCUUAAUAUAAUGUUAAGGUGGUAAAGUUUGAUAUACUGAAAUUAUUAGUUAAUUAUCAAAACUGGAUUUAAAAUCUUAUUUUUUCUCCUCCCUCUAUAUACUAGUAUGCAGUUUCCUUAAAUGUUUCCUCUUUCUCCUUCCCUGCCUUCCCUGCCACACACCUCUCAUUUCUAUACAUUCGCACUAAGUACCAAAGUUAGUCAAAGCUGAAUAGUACUUGUUGAAAAGGGAUGCCUUGACUUUUUUCAUUUGACCUCAUAGACUAGACAGUAGAGAGGACCAGACAGGCUUUCUCAAAGACUGUGGGAAGAACAAAGCAUAAUACCCUCCAUCAUAACAGGCUGGCUGCUGCUACUGUGAUAGUUAUCAUCAUCCUCAUACACUUAACCUUGAAUAGUAUGAUAUACCCUGAAACCAUGUUGUAGGAGCUGGGAGCAGAGAAGGAAACUAUUAAUCUAGCAAAAUUUUGGCAUAAUUUUAUUACAGAAUUUCAGCCUCUCAUUACAUAAAAUUUUGUAAUUAUGAGAAGAAAGUCACUGCUGUGCAAUAAUUGUGCAAGAUGUUUGACAUUAAUUCAUUGUCAGCUUGAUAGUCUAUAUCUUAAAUUAUCUUACUAUUUUAGGGCCCUUCUCAUGCUCUUCCUUAUUAUUCUGGUUAUUAGUAAACCUAAUUUGUACUAUCUGGUUUUUUAGUUUGUCCUUUAAAUAUUCAAGACUACUUUAAAAGAAAAAUCAUAACAGCUUUCUGUUUAUUCCUUUAGCAUGUGAUCUUUCACCUGCCAAUGUGUUUUAAAAUGAAUAUGCACUAGAUGACAUAUAACAGCCCAUUAUACAUUGAAAAAAUAUUUCAAAAUUAUAAUUUAUAAAUUGGAAAUUUUAUGUAUUUGUGCUUUUAGAUAUUGCCAAUGUGCUUAUUUUCAUAAGUCUAAGCAAUUAAUAUUAAAUACAUCUAUUUUAUUCAUUGAGAAAAUAUAAAUUUUCUCAUACCUCUAAGAUUUAUUGUUUCUCUUUGCUGUUCACAUCUAGUUGAACUGUGAACCUCAUAAGAAGUCUUUGUCAGUUUCCAAGCAUGUUCUCCUCUUCCAGCUGAUGUAGUUUUUAAUCAUGACCAAACCAUUCAUACUCUUAGGAGUAGGUCUUCGCAGUCAUUCCUCUUCAGAACCCCCAUUAAUGUUGCUGACAGUGAUACAUAAGCACCGUGGGAGAAAAGAACCCUGAGGUAUAAAGCAUUGGUAUCUCACAACCCUAACAGGAUGACACUUUCAAUACCUAAAUAUAAUUUCAGUGAGAAUGGAAUAGAAGCCAACUUUUUGGAAAUGGGGAAUUUUAGGUCCUUAUGUCAUAUUCUCCCCUUUUUGAUCUUCUCCCUGACCUGUCUAGCUUGCACAUUGUCUUUAUUUUAAGUUUUGUCAGACAGCUUUUAAAAAAUGUUUUUUUUUUUAAUUUCACAUGUUGCUUUAACCAGAAAAUUUCAAAAAAUUGAAAACUGAGAUAAAUACUUAAAAUUAUAGAAAAAAAUGGGGGGGGGGAGUUGCUUGUUUUUGUUUUGAGUUGUCUUUUUGGAUAAAUAUUGGGAAUAUUUACAGUAUUCUGUAAUUACAUCACCUGUGUUGUAUGAGGGACACCAGGAUAACUUUGGUACAUAAGUUGACUCUCAUCUAAGUAUGUUAGUGUAUUUGAACAAUUAUUUGAAGCACACCUAGAAAUUAGUGGUGGUACUUCCAAAAGCAUUUUGAUAUUGUAAGUGUUACUUUAAGUUUACCAACAGAAAAGUUCAGUAGUAUCUUGCAUUAUAAAAGUAAUUUAUCAUGAUUCUGCAUAAUUGUACUAACAUGUGCUUUGUUUUGUAGUGAAAAUAAUAUUGUGGCAACAAUUUUGAGGAAUCUUUUAAGCUGACAUAGAGGAGAUAGCCAAACUUUGGCUAGACUUUUCCUAGAAUUUUGAAAUAAGAAAGAAAAUAAAUAUUACUUUUCAGUUACUUUAGUCUUGAGGAAGAAUAGUUAUAUGAAUUUUAAGAGCUAAUAAAUGUUGGGAUCUAUUCUUUUUCUAAAACUCUUGGGUUUUAGAACUCAAUACUCUUGCAUUGUGCUUUAUUUCUCAAAAUAAUGUAAUUUUUAUGGAAAAACUCAAUUAAUGGAAUCUUUUAUUUGAUAUUCCUUAACCAGCCUACCAACCUUCCUUCCUUCCUUCCUAUUUCUUUUCUUUUUUUCUUUAGAGGCAAGAAGUUUCCUUAAUAGUAUAGUUUCUACAGAGCUUUCUUACUUAUUUUUCUAAUAAUGGAUAUUACAGUGAAAUGAAGUUUAAAUGCUCUAUGAGCAAAAUUCUGUUAAACAACCUGAAGAAAUACACUGCUGAUUAACAUUUCCUUUGGUCUUAACCUGUCUCUAAUACAUUUGUGAGUAACUCUAACCCAUUGAUGGACCUUACCGACAAGGGUCUGUAUGGUUAUCAACAGUGUUGUAUUAUUGUCACAUUAAUUUGCAUUUUUGUCAAAAUGGUUAAGUGUGUGAAGCAAUCUGUUUUCUAGAAUGGGCUUAUAUAUCUACUCAUUUUCACAUAAUUGAAAAUGUGCUACAUGUUGCAUUGUAUUCUCACAUCUACUUUUCUACUGUAUACACCGAUAGUCUCGGUGCCUUUGUCCUUUUGUAUAAUUGUAUUACAUAAAGAAACCACUGACCUCUGCAUAAACAAUGUAAAAAAAUGUUGAAAUUACUAUUCCAAGGAGAUUUUAAUGGCAGUUUAAUUUUCCAGAGAAUAAAUUUUUUGUGUGGGUUAAAAGUUA